AAUUUUUCGAUUUGUGUCACUUCUCUUGUAGAUGUGCGACAUAUUAAAUCGUGAAUUUUGAAACAGUCACCAUGCUGCGACCGUGCCAAGUUUUCGAACGGAUAUCGUGCAUCGAUGUUUUCCACUACCGAUUUUUCACGUGUUAUUGAAAUUGUCGAUUUUCACUAGGAUUUUCGAUUUAUUGCUUUAUAUAUUUGUUUGAUCUUUUUAAAGUUGAGGGGGUUAAAAAGCCUCAUUGACUAUUAAGUCUGUUUAGUGUUUAGUCUUGGCGAAUAUGCGGAACUUCAAACCCGUAUGAAGUAUAUCCAAAUGGAGUAUGGACUGUUCACUCUUGGUUUAAGGACUUCUGGAGUAAAAAUCAUUACCGUCUUGGGACCCCUUCCAAUCAACAUUCUCAUUCUCGAGAUAGGGCGUGCCAGUUUUGUUUAUAGAUUACCUCUCAAUUCUUUGGGCGUUCACUUUCUCAGUUUCUCCUACCCGUGGGGUAAUAAUUGAUUUUAUUCAAGUAGAAAGCAAUUGAGGAUAUGCACUCAGCAAAACUACAGUAUGAACGGUUGUCUGUGACGAUUCUCUUGCAAAAGGGCUGACCUGGAAAAUGCUUGAAAGCAGUGGUGUUCAGUGAGAGAGUUAAAGAGAUCCUAAAACAUGGAUUAGUUAAUAUCUAUCUGCAAAAAAAGAAAGAAAAGAAAGGUCAUAAAAAUGAACAAACUUCCUUCAAAAAUCAAAUACAUCUACAUACAAGGAGGUAAAAAAGAAUAUGUGUGUUCUGGCUGCCCUUAUAAAAGCACAAAUUACAGCAAUAUGAAAAGACAUAUGGGUAGACAUUUUAAACUUAAACCAUUUAAAUGUUCAGAAUGUGAGGGUGUUUUUAUUUCUCCAAGCGAAAUGGAAUUACAUAAAAACGUUCAUACUGGUCAGAAUAUGCUAAAAUGUUCAAAUUGUGACUUUACGUGUGUUUUCCCUUCGAACCUUCAAAGACAUAUGGUCAGUCAUUCUAAAGCAGAUAGAUUUGCUUGCUCAGAAUGCAAGUAUACUGCUUUAUCAUCGAGUGAAUUGAAACGUCACUUUAUGAUUCACACGGGUGAGAAAAAUUAUUUAUGUGCUGAAUGUGGAUAUCAAUGCAACAGUUCUCAUACACUCAGGAAGCACAUUUCUUUUCAUAACAGAGAAACCAGAUAUCAGUGUGAACACUGUGAUUACAAAUGUUAUCAGGCUAGUGAUUUAAAACGUCAUAUAGCCGUUCACACAGGUGAAAAGCCAUAUGAAUGUCCACAAUGCGGAUUUAAAACUGCUUUUCAAAAUUGUUUGAAAAGACAUCUUUACACACAUUCAACGAAAAAACAAUUUUCAUGCACUGAAUGUAACUUCAAAACAGCAAUCAAAAGUUCUUUGAAACGCCACAUUCUCAAACAUAAUACUAAGAAACAGUUUGCUUGUGCUGAAUGCGAUUACAAAUCAAUACAAGCAUCACAUUUGAAACUUCAUCAGAUGAUACAUUCUCAAGAUGAUAAGUUAAAAACAAAGGAAAUUAAAAAUAUCAAUUUUGAAUUUGAGAAUAUACAUAGAUUGUCUGAUCAUGAAUGGGAAAUUGGAAGUUUCACAUGCUCAGAAUGUGAUUAUAUGUGUUAUGAAAAACGAGCUUUAGCAGAACAUGUACAAAAGCACUAUAUACCCAGUCAUUCAUUAAUAGUGACAAAUGAUAUUAUUGGCUUUUUAGACAGUUUCAUCACUGAUAAUGUUAAAACCAGGCCAAUACUGAAUUAAAACAAACGAUUUAAAAAUAGCUGAUAAUUUUCUAGUCAUAAAAGUACUUUUAUAAAAUGGUAUAAAGUGUUUUUAUUGGAUUUUUAAAGUUUUGACAUUGUUUAUAAUAUAUUGAUUAUAAAUGUUUAAAAUUUAUUGUGCAUAAUAGACAAUUUCCAAUGCUUAUGUAUAUUUAUAUAACGUAUACAUAUAUUUUCUUCAUUUUAUACUUUAUAGUUAUACCUGUAAUUGGCUGUUGAAUAUAUAUUGUAUUUUUGUAAAUCGUUAUUUCCUUAAUUAUUGUUUAUUUAUUAAAUAUUAUAAUAUGUGCAUAAAACAGUAAAUGUUAUCACAUUUGUGUAUUAGGAAAUAGUAGCUAUGAAGAAAUGAUAAAACAUAACCAAUUAAAUUUAAAAAAUUCCAGAAUUCUUUAAAGAGUGUAACAGUAAACUAGCCACUCACCAUUGGUUUUAUACAAAUAUAAUUUUACAUUACCAAUAUAACCAAUAAAUGCAGUCACAAUAAUUA